AAGCCCUCCCGGGGAGUGGGCCGAGAUCUUAUGGGGAUCGACGCUGCGAAGAAGUUAUGCCGUCGGGGGUCUGGGAAGCGCGGCGGCGGGCUCGGCGACUGCCGGGCGGCGUCGUGCUGGGCGCGCCAGCAGGAGGCGUGCCGGAGCGCGGCGUUCGGGGAUGCCAUGCUGGCCGCCUUCGCGGGGUCGAUGCUGCCGGAGGCGCGCGACGAAGGCGCCGCGAGGACCGCGAGGGGCGCGCUGCUGCGCGCCUUCAACUUCGGCGGGGACACCGUGGUGUGCUGGCUGAGCGGCGAGGGCGCCGAGACGUGCUGCAGGGUCGGCUGCGCCGCGGGCGGCGCGCCCGAAGUGGGCGGCCCGUGCUGCACGACGCAGAGGGUCGGAGCGCGGGCCCCACGCGCGACCAGCUGCGCGGCGCGCUGCGUCGCUGCCAGGUCGCUGCUGCCCGUCUGGCCGAGCAUCGCGAGCUGGCGGCGCCACUCGCAGGUGUACCAGGACGCCGUCGUCAGCUUCCUCGUGGCCCAGCUGGGCGCGCGGUCCAGGUACUUUGUGGAGAUCGGCUUCAACCAGCCCGACUGGGGCGCAGACAGCUCCGGCCCGAACACAAAGAUCCUCCACGAGGCGGGGUGGCAGGGCAUCAUGCUCGACAACACCUUUGAGAACCCGGGCAUCGGACUUUACAAGCACGAGGUGACAAUGGAGAACGUGGCCAGCUUGUUCGAGCUUCACGGGGUGCCCACUGAGCCGGAUUACGUCAGUAUCGACAUCGAUGGCUGCGACUUGUGGGUGUUUCUCGGCCUCACUGAGAAGUUCAGGCCCCGCAUUGUGAGCAUCGAGUACAACGCAAAUUGGCCCGUAGGAAAUUUCAGCACCGUAGACUGCGUCGGCGCUCGGCGUGCUCAAGGCAAGGCCGACACUGCCAUUGGGCCAUUUCGGUGCCUUCCCUCUGAGCUUGGACCUGGCACAUAUGAGAAUUUUUGCGGUGCCAGCUUGUCUGCCAUAGCCCUCGCCGCGGAGCUCAGAGGCUAUUCUGUUGUGUGGGCUUCGGCGCCUUUCGACGCUUUCUUGGUGAGGGGCGAUUUGAUUUGCCACGGGGAGAAGAUCGGCAUUACAGACAUCUCUCAUCUCACAGGAUCGACGGUCCACUCUCCACCUGCUGACAAGAGCCGACCUGAAAAAUGGCUCGUCGAUUUUUCGUCCGUUGCGCACAAGUACAAGUGA